AACACGACAAAAAACAGACGGGUGCUUGGGCUCUGCUCAGACCGGCGCGUAGUUGGAUUUUCUUCUAUUUGCGUGCUAAAUGCCACAACAACACUCAUGAUUGAUCUCUUCCCUGACCAGAGCUCCGCGGUUACUGCUUGUACCAACUUCUUCCGCCCUGCGUUUGCUGCUAUCCUGGUCGCGCUCCAACAGAAGGCCAUUCAAAAACUGGGAUAUGGGCUGACGUUUAUGAUAUCUGGAUGCAUCUGUGCCUCGAUGGUCCCGCUGAUAUUUCUAGAGUUAAUAAUUGGCCCCAUUUUCCAGGACUCUGUCAUAGGUGCUAAAGUAUGAAUACUUUUGAAAUUAUGAAUACAUGCAUUCUUAGAUACACUAGGGAGAGUAUCAACCAAGAAAUAGAUGAAACGGUACAAUAUUUGACAGCUACUUGCAUGACGAAAGCCAAUAAAUUAUAUGCGUGAGUCCAGUGAUGAUGGGAGGUGAAACAGAAAAUGCAAUGCAAAUGAAGCGAUAUAAUGUCUAAUUCAGUCUCGGUCUAUUCGUAGACGGUCCUGGCCCGUGAUUAUCGUCCCCACGCCG